AUGUUUUAUCUUGGUAUCUGUGCGGUGCUGUGGUCGGCGAUGACAUGUUCUCUUGGAUUCACGAUGGAUCGUUCAGCACUUGUGCCGCCCACGUGGGACAUGGCACCGUCCUUGGACACUUAUCAAAGGGUCGACUCUGCUUUGAACGACGCAGUUUUCGGUAGCAACUUCUCCAUCCCGUUCUUUCCUAGACACGAAUUUGAUGUAUCUAACAACAGCAAUGUAAAGUUAGAACUACAGGAGAACAAGCACGAGUUUAACAACGCUUGGCAAAUCAUCGAUCUCAGUGACCAACCAAAAUCUGUUCCUUCUUUGAUUACAGCUGAUUCUAAAACAGAGGAGAUGAAUCACGACAGUAUGUGGAAUGUUUUUGAUGUAUUCUCCAAAAUUGGAAUAGCAAUCUUCCGAUCUCUGCUCGAAUCGUUGAGUAGAAAUCAUGGUACAUUCGAAGACGAUUUUUCAUUGCACAGAUCGUUUCCUCUUAAGCCAAUUGUUACUAAUUUAAUCGAAAAUACUAUCAAAAAGCUCAAGUCUAUUCCAAAUCACAAUGGUUACAUGUUAAUCGCUAUCGUGCCGAAAAGCGAACAAGCUGCCAUCAUCGAUCUUAUGCAACACGAAAUUUCUCCGAAAGAUACUCUCUUAGUUAUGAUGCAAAUCUGUGCCGGGAAUAAGACAUCUGUACCGUUGCUUGUACAAGGACCGAAUAAUGAAAUUCUUCGGGAAGUAGUAACGAUCGAGGAACUUCCGAUGAUGAUUAAAAAAGCGAUCACGAGCAAUUAUCACGGUUCAGGAUACACAGAUAAAAAGAAGCGCAAUAUUCCGAUUGUCUCACAUCUGCCGAUCGAGAUUUUCUCGCGAGAACUGCUAAUGCGGAAACGAGUUACCAAAGAUAAGGAUGCCGUUGAAAAACUGGAUACUGUAAGCACCGUAAAGACAACAAUUACUGAGAAAGGGAAAUAACUCAGAAGCUCGACUUCGU